UCAGUGGUAAGCUGCACUCACUCAGGGGCUGCAGGAGAUCUGCAGGAGGCAGACAGGCGCGCGCUGGAACCAUACUCUAUCAAAUAAUUACGCACCAUUUCUCCUUUUAUGCUUAUUUUUAAGAGGAACACCUUUAACCUCGUUCUGCAGCUACAAAGCGGCUUGAUUUCCCCACGAUGUCCGGUCAAGGCACCAUAACCGGUGUGCUGGUCGCUCUCUGCAUUGGGAGCGCAGUGAACAGCAUGCCUCAAGAGACGCGCAAGACUCGGCGUCAGGCGCAGCAGUAUCACGCCUCCUCAGUCUCUCAGGAUGGUUGCAUAGAUAACGGCCACUUCUACAACAUUAAUGACCACUGGGAGCGUUACUAUUUGAGCAACACUCUGAUCUGUACCUGCCUCGGCGUUGCUGGGAUUGAGUGCAAAAGCAAACCAGACGCUGAAGAAAAGUGCUUUGAUAAGCUCAGCCAGAGGUACUACAAUGUGGGCGAAACCUUCGAGAGCCCCAAGGAUGGCAUGAUCUGGGACUGCACGUGUAUUGGAUCUGGGAGGAGCAAGAUCAGCUGCACCACUGCCAAUCGCUGUCACGAGGGUGGGUCUUCAUACAAGAUCGGAGACACAUGGAAGAGACCCCAUGAAACGGGCGGCUACAUGUUGGAGUGUGUCUGUCUGGGUAAUGGGAAGGGUGAAUGGACCUGCAAACCUGUUGCUGAACGUUGCUAUGACAACACGGCUGGAACGUCCUACGUUGUCGGGGAGACAUGGGAGAAGUCCUACCAGGGGUGGAUGGUAGUGGACUGUACCUGUCUGGGAGAAGGAAGUGGACGGAUCACAUGCACAUCCAGAAAUCGCUGUAACGACGAGGAUACUCUCUCCUCCUACCGCAUUGGUGACACAUGGACCAAGACAGACGCCCGUAGUCACCUUCUCCAGUGUCUGUGUGUCGGGAACGGCCGAGGGGAGAUGAAGUGUGAACGAUACUCCUCACUUCACACCACUGGCCUGGGCCACAGCUCUCAUGUGAUCACCAACAUUCAGCCUGCCGUCUACCACCCCAUCACUGUGCCUGAGCUGUCCCAGGAGGGAGCCUGCAAAACCGACACAGGACUAGCGUACCAUUUUGGACAGCGCUGGAUAAAAAACCAGGGAAACACACAGAUGAUUUGUACUUGCCUUGGCAAUGGAGUAAGCUGUGAUCACUGGGGUGGACAGACUGCUGUAUAUGGUGGAAACUCUGGAGGUCUUCCCUGUGUGUUCCCCUUUGUCCACAAGGGAAAAACCUACCACUCUUGUACUUCUGAAGGACGUAGUGAUGGGCAGCUGUGGUGUUCCACCUCAUCUGACUUUGAUAAUGAGCACAAAUAUUCUUUCUGUACAGAAAAGAAUGUCGUCGUGGCGACUCGAGGCGGCAAUUCCAACGGUGCUCUGUGCCAGUUCCCGUUCCUUUACAAUGGUAGAAACUAUACAGACUGUACCGCUGAUGGACGGAGGGACGGCAUGAAGUGGUGUGGGACCACGGAAAACUACGACGCAGAACAGCGUUUUGGGUUCUGUCCAAUGAGCGCUAACGAAGAAGUGUGCACAUCGAGUGAAGGGCUGAUGUACCGCGUGGGUGACCAGUGGGACAAGCGGCAUGAGGUUUUAGGUCAGAUGAUGCGCUGCACUUGUGUCGGCAACGGACGCGGAGAAUGGAGCUGUGUUGUUCACUCCCAGCUGAAAGAUCAGUGUCUUGUGGAUGGUCUGACUUACAAAGUUAACCAAACCUUCACCAAAAAGCAUGAAGAGGGGUACAUGAUGAAUUGCACCUGCUUUGGACAGGGCCGAGGUCGCUGGAAGUGCGACGCCGUUGACCACUGCCAGGAGCCAGAAACUAAAGCCAUCUAUCAGAUUGGGGAGUCCUGGGACAAAGCCAUCCAUGGCAUCCCGUACAAGUGCUACUGCUAUGGGAAUGGAGUUGGAGAGCACGGCUGCGAACCCCAGCAGUCAUUCCCUGGUGGCCAUCGUCCUGUUCAAGUGAUCAUAGCAGAAUCCGGAAGCCAGCAGAAUUCCCAUCCCAUCCAGUGGAACGCUCCGUCAUCAGCUCACAUAACUCAGUACAUCCUCAAAUGGAGAGCGAAAGACACACACAACCCGUGGAUGGAGGUGUUCAUUCCCGGCCAUCUGAACUCCUACACCAUCUCUGGUCUGAGACCAGGCCUCACCUACGAGGGUCAGCUGAUCAGCGUGCUUCGGUUCGGGCGCAGAGAAAUCACACGCUUUGACUUCACCACCACCUACGGGUCAUUGGCCACAUCACAAGGAGAGACCACCCCUCUCCCACCUUUCGUUGGCAUCUCAGAAUCAGUGACAGAAAUCACAUCCAACAGCUUUGUCAUCUCUUGGGUGUCUGCGUCUGACACCAUUUCUGGAUUCAGAGUAGAGUAUGAGCUCAUUGAGCAGGGACAAGGAACGGGGCAACCCAUGAGUCUAGAUUUGCCCCGAACAGCUACCUCAGUGAACAUUAACGAGCUUCUUCCUGGUAGGCGAUACAACGUUAAUGUUUAUGAGAUUACAGACGGAGAGAAUGACAACCUUAUCCUCACGACCUCACAAACAACUGCACCUGAUGCUCCCAAGGAGCAUGAAGUGGAAGAAGUGGGAGAUACCUCCAUCGUGAUCAGCUGGGACAAACCGCUGGCUCCCAUUACUGGCUAUCGCGUUGUCUACGCACCCUCAGAGGAAGGAGAGAGCACUGAGCUGACUCUACCAGAUACGGCUACUUCUGUGACUUUGAACAACCUUCUGCCUGGGAAGUUGUACAACAUCAGCAUCUUUUCUGUGGAGGAGAGCCUCGAGAGUGAACCGAUUUUUGUACAAGUCAACACAACUGGAGAGCCGCUGCCAGAUGAGGUGUCUUCUCCUACAGACCUGCAGUUCUACGAAGUGUCUGACAAAAAGAUAGUUCUGUCCUGGUCCAACCCAGACGGUGGCGUCUCAGGUUACCGGGUCACCGUGGUUCCCGUUGAUGACUCUGGCUCCCCUCAGAGCGAGUUGACUCUGCCUGUCGGUCAGGACUCAUACAUCGACGUGACUCACCUGCAGCCUGGAACGCUGUACCGCUUCAACGUUUACACCGUUCACAACGGAAAGGAGAGCUUACCUCUGAUUGGAGAGCAAACAACCAAGCCAGAUGCGCCCACGGACAUCCAUUUCGCCAACGUGAGCGACAGCAGUGCAGUGGUGAUGUGGUUCGCUCCCCGUGCCAAAAUCACCGGCUAUCGUCUCUUCCUGAACAUCGAGGGGUCAACCCCCAAACAGCUUCGCCUGCCUGCACGCCUGACAAGUUACACCCUCCUCAACCUGAAACCUGACUCAGAAUACACGGUCACACUGCACUCGGAGCAAGACAGCACACUGAGUUCUGGAGAGAGUGCCGUGUUUACCACUAACCCAUCGAUGGGUAACGCUCCUCAGUUCAACACGGAUGUGACUGAUACCUCCAUAGUGAUCUCCUGGAAUCCAGUUCCCAACAUUGGCUACAAGCUGACAGUCCGGCCCAGCCUGGGUGGGGAAGCUCCGAGAGAUGUCGUCUCCGACUCGGGAAGUAUUUACGUUUCCGGUCUGACACCCGGAGUUGAGUACACCUACAGCGUGCAGCCAGUCGUUCACGGCCAAGAACAAGGCACCCCAGUAACUCGACGUGUUGUAACACCUCUGUCUCCUCCCACUGAUCUGAACUUGGAGUCCAACCCUGGCACCGGGGAGCUUGUAGUUCAAUGGAACGGAGCGGGUACACCAGACAUCACAGGCUACAGAGUCACAUGCACUCCCACCAACGGGCAACAAGGAAACAGCUUACAGGAGUUUGUGGAUGCUGAGCAGAAUUCCUGCACCCUGGAAAACCUCCGUCCAGGUGUGGAGUACAACGUCAGCGUUGUCACUGUUAAGGAUGACAUGGAGAGCUCUCCUGUUUCAACUGUCAUCACCCCAGACGUGCCACAGCUGCCCGACCUCACUUUCGAGGACGUGACCGACACAACAAUCAGCCUCCGCUGGACGCCGCUCAGCACUACGGCCGUCACCGGCUACAGGGUCACGGUGGUCGCAGCUGGAGAGACUAUCCCCAUAUUUGAAGACAUGGUCUCACCGUCCACCAGUCAGUACACGGUGUUCGGACUGGAACCUGGUAUCGACUACGACAUUAGCGUGACCACGGUUACAGAGAACGGCGAAAGUGAACCGGCUACGUUUACUCAACAGACCUCUGUCCCAUCACCCACCGAUUUGAGCUUUGGGGAGGUGGGACCAGACAGCAUUGAGGUCAGUUGGAUCUCUCCUCAAGUCCCAAAUACCGCCGACAUCAACAACUUCUUCAUUAGGUAUCACCCCGUUGACGACGAAGACGAAAUUACAGAAGUCAGUGUAGAAGGAGAGACGACUAGUGUGGUGCUAAAGAAUUUGCUACCUAACACAGAAUACAUGGUGAGUGUGGUAUGUGUAUACGAACAGAGAGAGAGCUCUCCCGUCGUCGGAAUCAAGAAAACAGCUCUGGAUUCACCAGUUGGUCUGCGUUUCUCUGAAAUUGUAACCAACCUUUUCACCGUCCACUGGCUCGCCCCGCAAAGCAGAAUCACUGGUUACCGCAUCCGUUAUCAGAUGGUCAGUGGUGGGAGGGCCAAGGACGAGCGGCUGCCCCCGUCCAGGAACCACUUCACCGUGACGGGCCUCAUUCCGGACACGGAGUAUUUGGUUAACGUCUACGCUGUGAGCGGGACAGAGGAGAGCCUGCCACUGAGCGGGACACAGAGAACAAUUUCUGAUGCUCCUACUGACCUGGAAGUGCUUGACUCAACUCCCACGAGUAUCACCGUUCGCUGGGCCGCUCCUCUGGUCACUGUGCGCUACUACAGGAUCACUCACGGAGAGUCAGGAAGCCACAGUAAUCCUAAGGAGUUCACUGUACCUGGCACUCAGUCCACUGCUACGAUCAGUAAUUUGAACCCUGGCACGGACUAUACGAUCACUGUCUAUGCUGUGACAGGCAGAGGAGACAGUCCUGCAUCCAGCAUUCCCAUCUACGUCAUGCACAGGACAGGUGUUGACUCUCCAUCUGGAAUGGAAGUGAUGGAUGUGAAAGACAACAGCAUCACAGUGAGGUGGAAUCCGGCUCAAGGUCCGAUCAAAGGUUACAGGGUGACUGGGAGCCUUAGAAAUGGACAGGAGACAACUUUCUCUGAAGAGGUGGCUUCAGAUCAGACAGAGUUUACGUUUUCAGGCUUGAUGCCUACAGCAGAAUAUGUUUUUAGUGUGUACGCUGUUGGACAGAAUGGAGAGAGCUCCCCGAUGGUGGUGAACGCUGUGACAAACGUUGACCGUCCAAAGGACCUUACCUUCUCGGACGUGGACUCCACUUCCCUGCGGAUCACCUGGGACAGUCCUGAGGGAAACGUUACGUCUUACCGAGUCAAAUAUUUUAGCUCAGAGGAGGGUGAGAGGGAGCUGUGGCCAGCUCCAAAAGGCGACGCUGAGUCGGCUAUUAUCUAUGGACUCCAGCCUGGAACGGAAUAUACAGUAAAGGUCAUCGCCAUGCACGACGACACAUCCAGCGUGCCAGUGAUUGGGACUCAAGCUACAGGUAUUUCUUCCCCCUCUAACCUCCAAUUCUCCCAAGUUGGUCCCACAUCUUUCAUCAUGCGCUGGGCAGCACCGACACAGGAAAACCGAAUCACUGGCCUCACAGGCCUCACUGGGUAUCGCGUGGUGGUGAACCCGAAGGACAAAAGCGGACCCACCAAGGAGAUCAACCUGGCCCCGGACAGCACUCAGGCACACAUGUCUGGACUCAUGAUUGCAACCACCUAUGAAGUCUACGUCUACGCCCUGAAGAACUCUCUGACCAGUAGACCACUCCAAGGAGAGGUCACAACUCUAGAGAAUAUCAGCCCUCCUCGACGUGUACGCAUCUCAGGUGUUAACGAUUCAUCCAUCAGUCUGAGCUGGAGGUCAAAGACUGAGACCAUCUCUGGGUUCCUGAUCGAAGUCACUCCCACCGCCUCUUCCCAAAGCUACGUACCUGUUCAGAGGACAGCUGGACCCGACGCACGCUCCAUUACCAUUGCAGGGCUGGAGCCUGGCACCGCUUAUAAGAUCAACAUCUACACGCUGAAAGGAAACGGACGUAGUAUACCGUUCACGCUCACUGCGACCACAACUCAACCGUUGGUGAUCCCACCCACAAACAUCCAAUUUACCUCCUUGAAUCCCACCAGCAUCUCAUUUAUUUGGGAGCCAUCGCGCAGCCCAAGGGUCACGGGUUACUAUAUCACCUAUGAGGAGGCUGGAGGUUUGCUUCGAGAAGUCAGUCCCAGACCCCACGCAGGCCAGAGCUUCGCCACAGUUGAUGGUCUGAAACCAGGAACAGAGUACAUCAUUAAGAUUGUUGCACUGCAGAACAUUUUGAGAAGCACGCCUCUUGUGGGCAAAGCCAGAACUCAACCAGCUACAGACUACUCCACCAUUGAUCAGUUGUUGGUACCUGAGCUGCCACAGCUUCCUGUUCCUCAUAGACCCAGCACCGACAUCCUGGACGUUCCAGAGUCUUUCAAUGAUAAAAUUUUUGACUCUAACUUCGUCCACCUGGCUGGUACGAGUGGCCAGAACCAACCGGGGCAGCAGGGUCAGCACAUCUACACAGAGUACCAGAACUUGGGCCCCAAUAAUGGUUUUAAUGGGCCCUACGGUGGACCUAAAGAGGGUCAGAGACCCACUCUCAGGGAGCCCUUGGUUUAUAUUCCUGUAGCAGGUCCUGAUGGAAACAGAGUACCUCUGGUCAAGGUGAGUGACAACCCUUUGCCAGGUCUUGCGUUUGGCUUCCCUGACAACGAAACAGACAUACCCCAAGAGGCAAAGACUGUCACAACUAUUUCCUGGCAGCCGGUCCCUGAGACGUCCGAAUACGAAGUGUCCUGCAACCCUGUCACACAUCUGGAGGAAAGAGGCUUCCAGAUGCGUCUUCCUGGCACCUCCAACAGCGCCACGUUAAUUGGACUCACAUCCGGAGCAUCCUAUAACGUUGUUGUGGAGGCUAUGAAGGACGGGAACAAAGAGACGGUGCUGGAGGAGGUGGUAACCGCUGGCAACGCGGUUCCAGAGGACCUCCCUGUGACCGCCAGCUUGGAUGUGUGUUACGACACGUUCACACACACGUACCACGAGCUGGGCUCAGAGUGGGAGCGCAUGUCUGAGACAGGCUUCAAGCUGUGGUGCCGCUGCCUGGGGCUCGGCAGCGGCCAUUUUAGGUGUGAUUCAUCCAAGUGGUGCCACGACAACGGGAACAACUACCGCAUCGGUGAAAAGUGGGAUCGCCGUGCGGAGAACGGUCACAUGAUGAGCUGCACUUGCUUGGGCAACGGCAAGGGAGAAUUCAAAUGUGAACCCCAUGAGUCUACUUGUUAUGAUGAUGGGAAGAUGUACCAGGUUGGAAAGCAGUGGCAGAAGGAGUACAUGGGUGCCAUCUGUACCUGCACCUGCUAUGGAGGCCAACAGGGCUGGCGUUGUGAGAACUGUAGAAGGCCUGGAGUACACACUAACGUGGAAGCUGACCUCCUGCAGCCUCUUCCCUCAAACGCUUUCGAACGCUACAGAGAAAAUGCUCUACGUAAACUGAACAUCCAGUGCCCGAUUGAAUGUUUAAGUCCAGAGCUGUUGGCAGAUGCUCAGAGUCCCUCAGAGUUGGAGAAGAAGUAGAAAUAAAGGAGGGAUCAAGAAGUGAAGACCCACAUGCAAUGUCAUCACUUCAAGAAGGGCAAUUCCUUCAGGUGCUUUUAAACACCCCUUCAGAUUGGUGCCUUUAAAGGUUUUUCACCACAAGGUGGCGUGCCUUACAAUCCGUGCCUCAACCAAAAUCUGCUCAACUUUUUAGCUGGGUUUGAUCCACAUCCGUCCAACUGAAAAAAAAAAGUUUCAUUGCUGGAUUUGUUUUCUUUAAACCAGGGGCGUGUCUAGGGAGUGGCCUAGGGUAGCACACGCCACCUUUGGAAACUGACUGGCAACCCUAAGUGCCACCCCACUGAAUUCCAUUUAAAUAGAUUUUACAUUGUGAAAUAAAGCAUAACCAUUGAUGCCACCCAUACAUAAAGAAGUGCCCCUCCUGAGCCACCCCAUUUAAAUGGGUCUGGACACGCCACUGCUUUAAACACAAAUAUGCCACAGCCCAUACACUGCUGCUUUGUCACCAUUAAAACAGACUAUCACACACACACACACACCGUACGUUUUUGUACAUUUUAUAAUAUUUCUAUCUUUUUUUUUCUUUGGACCAACAAAAGCAAAGAUUAAACAUCUCCUAAAAUAAAAGACAGACUUUUGUUAUGUUCACUAUUAUUACUGCAUUUUUUUCACAGUUUCCCAUUAACUCAUUCACUGCCAUUGACGACUAAAGUCGUCAUUUUAGAUCCAACCGUUCACUGCCAUUGACGACUAAAGUCGUCAUUUGCAUUUUUUUUACUGUUUGAGCAUCGGAACGAGCCCCCGCGCUGAGAGAACAAACAUCUCAGCCCUGAAGCCGAUCUUCAUCCGCAUACGUCACAGAUCACAUGAUCAGGAAGCAGAACAUCCAUGUGUUAGGAGAUCGUUUUGGGCCGUUCCUGUAAAAAAAGUGAGGCGCGAACUGGAAAAACGUCUGCCAAUCACAAUUCGACAACGGAUUAUGAAAGAACGGAUAACGCUCGAAACGCGCGGACUCUUCCUGAUGUAAGAGGUGAGUCUCCUCUUUGUUUUGGUUGUUUUGGCAUCGACAUCAUGCUAGCGCGCAACGUUCUGUGACUCUUAAAAAAACGGUGAGAAACGCUGGCAGCGAAGGCCGUUAGUGAUCAAGAAACAGCUUGCAGUGAAUGAGUUAAAGUGUGCAUUCUCACGUUCAUUGUGAGUCAUUUGUAUUCAGAUUACAUUGAGAUAAUAAGGAUCAUCUAUGUGUUUUGAAAGACAAUUCCAAAUCAGAAAUCAAAUAAAAAGCCAUAAAGUAUUUUUAUUGAUCCCUGAAACUACUUAAACCAAUAAAUCUGACCCAGACAGACAUAAUUGUCAACAUACUUUAGGAAUAAAGUUUGAUAGAUUGGGAAGAAUGUGCUGAUUUUUGUGUCCUAUUGGUGUUCCUGUGGUCAGUGCUGCUACUCUGAGCUCCUGGUAAUGGAUCAGCAUUUAAUUAAAUAAAAGAAAACCACAAACUUCUCUUUCAAUAUUAAAGCGCUGUUUCUUUUCUUGGUAUUUUAUUGUCCAACUGUUUCUAAUGUACACACCUUUCAGUUUGUGUAUAUGUGGUUCUGUAGACUAGGCUUUUAUUCUUUUUCUUUUCUUUGUUUAAAUUAAAAAGAGAAAAAUCACCGGCACGAUGUGUUAAAUCCAAAGCUUACUGACCAAAAGCUGAACUGUUGGAAAAAAAGUGCUAUGUUUCUUCCAGUGAAAUGUAUUUUUGAUUAAAUGUCUAUAUUUUUAAAAUGUGUCUCUUCUAUUUAUCCCCCUCUUGUUUAGGCAUUUUGCUCAAUGCUAUAUUGGGGUGUACACGUGAUUUUUGAUUAACUUGUUUUUUAUAUUGUUGGUGCCUGACUCUGAACUACUGUGGACUAAAUCUUUUUAAUAAACUCAAAGAAAAAUAA